UUGGAACAGUUGUGAAUAUUCAGAACUUCUCGGGAGGUUACAUGUCCUUGCGUUGUUCAGCCAAAUCCUCACUUGUGUUGACCUCCACCGAGUAUAACGACCAAAAACAAUGUCGUUCAGGUAUUGGAGGACCGUCCCAGUCAAUAAUCCUGCUUUGAGGACUGCCAGGUAUAUUGCACUAGCCUGUGGAUUAAUUUAUGGUGUUAAAAGGAACAGAGAACUAACCGCUUAUGAAGCUGUGUACCAGGAGGAUCAAACUAGAAUUAAGAUGGCACUGAAAAAAAUAAACAAAGAUAUUGCCUGGCUCAAAUAUUAUGACGAGAUGAAUGAGUUGGCCUAUGAUUUAGGAGUACCUAACAGAGUGGUACAGGCAGACCGAGCUAAAGACCCUCAGUUUGCUCCGGAGGAGGAUUAACAUCGCAUCAUAGACUUUACACACUGUGUUAUUGAUUAGAUUUUCAGUAAAUUUUGAAAUUGUCCACAA